AUGGAUUCCUUCGCGAUUGUCAUUUGCCAUGGCUCCUAUCAUACUCCCGCCCCAUAUCAAGCUCUUGUUGAUGGCUUGACUGAAAAGGGUAUUGAAACCUAUUGUCCCCAACGGCCCACUUGUGAUCUCACUCAACUCAAUGUCGGCAACCCGAGUAAUCCGGAUUUUGAUCGUAGGGCUCCCCCAGGAGGCUAUCCACUCCCUGCAGAUGAUGCGACAGAUAUUGGGCUGUUGCUUGACAAGUUGAUUGCACAAGGGAAAUCGGUGCUACUCGCAGGACACUCCUCCGGUGGUUGGGUCGCCGCCGAGGCUGCACACUCUUCGCGCCAAGCUCCCGUUCGCGCAAGGGACGGAAAGACUGGGGGUGUCAUUGGGAUCUUUUUCAUCGGGGCAUUCAUUAUUCCACAAGGCCAAUCAGUGCAUUCAUUCUUCUAUCCUGCAGAAGGCGAAGUUAUCACACCUCCAUUUAUGCGAUUCCACAAACAUGGCGUUCAUGGCCUUGGAACCUUGGUUGACCCUGAACAAUACCUCUUCCACGAUGUUGAUGCAGCGACCGCGAAGAAAUGGACAGCCACGUUGACAGCAGCUCCUGUUAUGAAUAGUCCUCUUACCCACUCUCCGUAUGAUGCGCUUCCGUGCGCCUAUCUUGUGUUGGAAAAGGACCGCAUGUUGCCCAAAGAGUAUCAAGAGAAGAUGGCAGCGAGUCAGAAGAGGCCAUUCACGAUCUACCGUGCACCCUGCAGUCACUCGCCGCACCUUAGUUGGACAAAGGAGCUGGUUGCGAAGAUGGAGGAAUUUGGAAACCAGGCUCUAGCUAAAAGCAAAGCAGAUUAA